AUGCGUAUUCAAUCUGCUCUCGUCGCGCUCGCCGCGUCGCUGGUCGCUGCUGUUCCGCCUCUGGAAAUUAAGGGCAACGAAUUCUACAAUACCAAGACUGGCGACAAAUUCCAGAUCGUUGGUGUCGCUUAUCAACCCGGCGGUAGCGCUGGCUUUACCGAGACCAGCCCUGAUCCUCUUAGUGAUCCCGAGGCUUGCUUGCGAGAUGCUGCCCUCAUGCAGGUGAUGGGCGUCAACGCCAUCCGUGUCUACAACCUGAACCCCAACAAGAACCACGACCAGUGUGCUAGCAUCUUCAAUGCUGCUGGCAUGUACAUGAUUCUGGAUGUCAACUCUCCUCUUGUUGGACAGGCCCUGGACUCUGGCAAGCCUUGGGAGACCUAUUACGCUGCAUAUCUCAACCACACUUUCGCUGUUGUCGAAGCUUUUGCCAACUACCCGAACACGCUACUCUUCUUCUCCGGCAAUGAGGUUAUCAACGACCUUCCUUCAGCCAAGUUUGUUCCCCAGUAUCUUCGCGCCGUUACCCGUGACUUGAAGAACUACAUCAAGAACAACCUCAAGCGACAAAUACCUGUUGGCUACUCCGCUGCCGAUGUCCGUGACGUUCUUUGGGAUACCUGGAACUACCUGCAGUGCAGCGUCGACGGCAAGUCUGACGACAAGACCCGUGCCGACGUGUUUGCCCUGAAUUCGUACAGCUGGUGCAGCAUCAAGGCGACAUACGAAAGCUCCACCUUCAACAAGUUGACCGACGGUUUCUCCAAGUCAUCUAUCCCCGUCUUUUUCAGCGAAUACGGCUGCAUCGAGCCCCCUACUCGCUACUGGAACGAGACGCGCGCCAUGUACAGCGACAAGAUGACCCCCGUCUUCUCAGGCGGUGUCGUCUACGAGUGGACCUUGGAAGCAAACAACUACGGCCUCGUGUCUAUCAACGGAUCCACCCUCAACAUUCUGGGCGAUUACAACCGUCUCAAGUCUGCAUGGGCCACGAUUGACUGGAAGUCGGUCCAGUCCCAAAAGGCCGCCAAGAAGGACAUCACUCCCCCCAAGUGCGGAAAGUCCCUUCUCACCGAGACUGGCUUCGACUCCAACUUCACAGCUCCUGCCCCACCACCAGGUGCGCAGAAGCUCAUCGACGAUGGCAUCAGCCCCAAGCCCAGCGGCAAGAUUGUCAAGAUUUCCGACUACAAUGUCAAGAUGGCUGUCAAGGAUACCGAGGGCAAGGUCGUGACAGGCCUAAAGGUCAUCCCCUUGGGUGACGACGAAUUCAACAUGGCAGGUAGCAAUAAGUUGGACACUGGCAAAUCCGAUCCCGGCAGCGGCAGCAGUGGUAACAGCACUGACAAGGGCGACGACAAGGAAGACAGCGGUGCCGCCCUCCACACUCCCAUGAUGUUGGCUGCUGUGGUGCCUCUCGUGGCCAUGUUGUUUGUGUAA